AUGAACGGGAGAUCCGCAAGCUGCCCCACCAGAUUAGGCAGAAGCAGGAGCGCGGAGGAGCGGCAACCCGAGCCCAUAUCCUCCGGCCCGAGUCCUCCCGGGCGUGGCAAUCACAGAGUCCUGGGCGGCGGCGGCGUCUCGGGUUCCCUUCCCACCCCGACCUAUAAACAAACCAGCCCGCGAUCUGCCAUACCCAUCCUCUCCCUGGGCACUAGUGCCAUACCCAUCCUCACCCAGUGCCCUAAUGCUAACUCCACUCUCACCCUGGGCCCUAGUGCCAUGCCCAUCCUCACCCUGGGCCCUAGUGCCAUGCCCAUCCUAACCCUGGGCCUUAGUGCCAUGCUCAUCCUCACCCUGGGCCCUAGUGCCAUGCCCAUCCUCACCCUGGGCCUUAGUGCCAUGCCCAUCCUCACCCUGGGCUUUAGUGCCAUGCCCAUCCUUACCCUGAGCCCUAGUGUCAUACCCAUCCUCACCCUGGACCCUAAUGCUAACUCCAUCCUCACCCUGGGCCCUAGUGCAAUGCCCAUCCUCACCCUGGGCCUAAGUGCCAUGCCCAUCCUUACCCUGGGCCUUAGUGCCAUGCCCAUCCUCACCCUGGGCCCUAGUACCAUACCCAUCCUCACCCUGGGCCCUAGUACCAUACCCAUCCUCACCCUGGGCCCUAGUGCCAUGCCCAUCCUCACCAUGGCCCUAGUGACAUGCCCAGGGUGA